UCUAGGUGAAGGAGGCGUGGGGACUGUGCGCAGGGCGUGCGCGGCUGUGCGGGACUCCCGCCUCGGGAAAUGCGCGCAGCCCUGGGCCGGGUGGGCGCCUCGGGGGCGUCGCGGGGAAGCCGCCCGGGCGACUCAGUGCGGAGCGCGUCCUGAACCCCAGGCUUAGUUAGCGACCUUUAAAACCCCGAGCCCGGCCCGGGCCCGGGGACCUGGCCGCACGCUCCGCUCUCCCGCCGGCGGGAUGGUGCCUUGAGCCACGGAGCCGAACACACCCGCAGCAGGCCCUUGGACGUGGUGGUUCACUGCAUGCCGGCCCGGCCGGGAAAAGAAGGACUCCGCACACGCCGGGCUCCCGCACCCUUCCCGCAGAGGAAUAGGAAACGCGGGCUCCCUGCUCACCCAAGGUUUCCAGAACCUCUGCGACAGGAGGCCACCAGCUCUACCUCAUGCGUAGGGGACCUUGCUAGCGAUGGCCCUGCUGCUCGGCGUCCUGCUGCUGCUGCUGGAGCUCUGCGGGAAUACCCUCUCCGUGGGGUCAAGGUCAUCCACAAAGGGGACUGAGGUCUUGGAAUUUGAAUUGCCUGCCGCGAACUAUGAGACCAAAGACUCCUACAAAGCUGGGCCCAUCGGCGGUCUCUUUCAAAUCGUGCACGUCUUCCUGCGCGUGGUGCAGCCCAACGAUUUCCCCGAAGAUAUUUUAAGAAAAAUUCUGCAGAAGAAGUUUGACUUCUCAACUGAUUAUGAGAAGAUUAUCUACUAUGAAAUCGGGGUCAUCAUCUGUGCUGUCCUGGGACUGCUCUUUGUCAUUCUGAUGCCUCUGGUAGGGUUCUGCUUUGGUCUGUGCCGUUGCUGUAACAGGUGCGGUGGAGAGAUGCACCAGCGUCAGAAGAAGAAUGGGCCCUUCCUGAGGAAGUGCUUCGCGGUCUCCCUCUUGGUGAUUUCUCUAUUUAUAAGCCUUGGCAUCAUCUAUGGUUUUGUGGCAAAUCACCACCUGAGGACCCAGAUCGAAAAGACUCGGAAACUGGCAGACAGCAACUUCAAAGACUUGAGAACUCUCCUGAGCGGAGCCCCAGCGCAAAUCAGCUAUAUCCUGAACCAGUACACCACCACUAAGGAAAAGGCAUUCUCAGAUCUGGAUAAUGUCAAGUCAUUGCUAGGAGGCGGAAUUCACGAACAGCUGAGACCUAAAGUGAUCCCCGCGCUUGAUGACAUCAAGGCCAUGGCGGAAGCAAUCAAAGAGACGAAAGAAGCCCUAUUGAAUGUGAACAAUACCUUAAAGGAGCUGAAAAAGUCAAGUGCACAACUUAACACCAGCCUGAGUGACGUUAAAAGGGACCUGGAGCAAUCACUCAAUGACCCCAUGUGCUCUGUACCUCCAGCGGCUGCCACUUGUGACAACAUCAGAACGUCUCUAAGCCAGCUGGAUGACAAUACCAACAUGGGUCAGCUCCCAUCUUUGGAUAAGCCAAUUGAGAAGAUUAAUGAUAUUCUUCAAACAAAUUUGUCCAGCCUGGUCCAACAGGGCUAUAAAUCCUUCAAUGAUAUUCCUGAAAUGGUGCAAAAUCAAACCACAGACAUCAUAUCAGAUGUCAAAAGUACCUUGAAUUCCAUUGGCUCAGAUAUUGAAAAUAUAGGUGAACAGAUUCCUAUUCAGGAGCAGCUGUCAAAUUUCAUGGGUUACAUUAAUGACACUGAAACUUACAUCCACCGCAAUUUACCCAUGUUGGAAGAGUAUGAUUCAUACAGGUGGCUGGGUGGCCUGGUUGUCUGCUGUUUGCUAACACUCAUCGUGAUUUUUUAUUACCUGGGCUUGUUGUGCGGCACGUGUGGCUAUGACCGGAAUGCCACCCCGACCAGACGAGGCUGUGUCUCAAACACUGGAGGCAUCUUCCUCAUGGUUGGGGCUGGAGUGAGCUUCUUGUUUUGUUGGGUAUUGAUGACCAUCGUGGUUCUCACUUUUGUCGUUGGUGCAAACGUGGAAAAACUGCUCUGUGAGCCUUACCAAAACAGGAAGUUAUUCCAGGUUUUGGACACACCGUAUUUACUAAAUGAGAAUUGGAAACACUAUCUCUCUGGCAUGGUGUUUAACAAACCGGAUAUUAAUCUCACUUUUGAACAGGUUUACAGUGAUUGCAAAGAAAAUAAAGGCAUUUAUUCCACACUUAAACUAGAGAACAGCUACAAUAUCAGUGAACAUCUCAAUAUUCAGGAGCAUGCUGGAAACAUAAGCAAUGAUUUUCAAAAUAUGAAAGUAAAUAUUGACAAUAUCGUUCUGCUGGAUGAAGCAGGAAGAAAAAACCUUAUGGAUUUCGGCCUUUCGGGAAUAGACACCAUAAAUUAUAAUGUCUAUUUGGCUGAGAUGAGUAAAGCCCCUACCAAAGUGAAUCUUGUAUCCUUUGCAGAUGAUCUAGAAGUAAAAGCCAACCGUUUGCCCCAUGGAAAUUUGAAACAGUCCCUGAAAAAUAAUGCACAGACAAUCAGAACGAUUCACCAUGGCCAAGUCGUCCCUUUGGAACAGUCAAUGAGCUCUACAUACCAAAGCAUCAAGGAACUUCAACAAAAAAGCAGUGGAUUGGAGAUGAAAGUGACCAAUACCAUUUCCUCUUUGGAUUCUGCUCAGGACUUCCUCACAACCCGUAUUUCCUCAGUUAUUGUUGAAGAAAGUCAGAAGUAUGGGAACACGAUAGUAGGAUACUUUGAACGCUAUCUGCAGUGGGUCAAGAUCUCAAUUACUGAGAAAAUCGCAGCCUGCAAACCUGUGGCCACCGCUUUAGACUCUGCUGUUGACGUCUUUCUGUGUGGCUACAUUACCGACCCCAUGAAUUUGUUUUGGUUCGGCAUAGGAAAAGCCACCAUAUUUCUACUUCCGGCUCUCAUUUUUGCUGUGAAGCUGGCCAAGUACUACCGUCGAAUGGAUUCAGAGGAUGUGUAUGAUGAUAUUUUAUAGUGCUGAAACUGUAUCCGUCAAAAAUAUGGAAAAUGGUAAUAUUGGUUUUCAUAGACAUCAUUCCACUCAGACUGUAUGAGCACAGUUUUUAAGCAGAUCCAACGGCACAAGUUCUUGAUCUACAGCAUCUCCGAAUACUGGAAAAGAAACUUUCCCUUCCGGAGUUUACAGAGUCUAGUGAUUUUAUAUGCAACAUUCAUUGACACGCCAAAGAGUGACAAGCGUGUGUUCACACCUGUUUUGGACUUUGUUUUGUUUUAUCUCUAGAAGUUUUGCUUUAGUCAUCUGAGCCUUCAAUGAAAGUUCCAGUAUGUGAUACAUUCAUUCAUUUCCAGUUUAGCUUUCGGAACAAGUCAUGAAUUGUGUCACAUUUCAUUACUUGGGAACCUAGACUUGUAGCGAGACAAAACCCAGCAGAUAGCAGAUGUGUGUGUGAGCAAUAAAAGAUUGAUUUCAGAAA